ACGGUCACGACUCUAUUUCUCUUUCUACGACCUCAACGACCGUUAUUGCAUUGCAUAUGGAGUUCUUGAAUCCUGAACCCCCUUAUAUCUUAUUCAAGGACAGGCCAGAAUGGAGCGACGUAACCGCUGUUCCGCAGGAUGAUGGGCCUUCCCCGCCAUUAGCGCCCAUCAUGUAUAACGACAAGUACAAAGAUGCGACCUCAUACUUCCGUGCUAUCUAUGUAUCGCAAGAGCAUUCCCAGCGCGUCCUGGACUUGACGCUGGAGAUCAUCAAACAGAACGCCUCGCACUAUACCGUCUGGCAAUACCGUUACCGCACCCUGAUUGCACUCAAUUCCCCCCUGACCGAAGAGCUUCACCUUCUCUCCAAGCUCCUCCCCACCCACCUCAAAUCCUACCAAGCAUGGAAUCACCGCCGACUGCUCCUCCUCCAGCUGGGGAAGAAGUCCGCUCGCUCCGAGCUCGCGUUCGCGGAGAUCGCACUCGCAAAGGACGCGAAGAACUACCAUACUUGGGUGUAUCGCGAGUGGCUUUUAUGCAACUUCUUCGCUCCCAUGCCGUUUGUGACGUCCACCACUAUCUCCCCUACCGAGGGCGAGGAGCCCACUAUCGAAGACCUGGACGACGAGGGCUGGGUGGAUGACGAGGUAUGGCGAGAGGAAGUCGCGUUCACGGAUCGAAUGCUGGAAGAUGACGUGAGGAACAACUCAGUCUGGCACCACCGGUUCUUCGUUCUGUUCGAAGGACCACGUGCGAGGCCGUCACCAGAGCUGGUCCAAAGCGAGAUUGACUAUACGGAACACAAGAUUGCUUUAGCGCCUAACAACGCCUCGGCAUGGAACUACCUCCGCGGUCUUCUCUCAAAUUCCAAAACCCCGCUCUCCACUCUCCUCCCCUUCGCGCGGCCUUACACCCUUCCCCAGUCCCUUCAGCCCUCGCUGCGGGUUUUCGCUGAGGCAGAAGAACGGGAGCUCCUGCCGGGCGAGAAUGCCCAGUUGCCAUGUGUGAUGGCUCUCGAGUUCAUAGCGGAUGCACUGGGGGAGAAGGGGGAGGUUGAGGAAGCGAACAAGCUGUUUGACGAGCUGGUAGAGCGUGACCCUAUCAGAAAGCAGUUCUGGGAGUACAGGAAGCGUACACUUGCGCAGGCUCCGACGGCGCCUGUGGCGUAACGUAUGAGCCAGAUCAGUCCGAUUGUUGUAUUACGCAGUAUGAACGUGAAAUGAACUUGUGUCAUC